UCAACACAGUAUUAUGUUUUUUGUCAAUGAGAAUGAGAGCGCCAUCUCAUGAAUAAUUCAUUCACAGUGUGCAAGCGCCAAAGAUCGUGACGUCAACAACAACAACCACAACCACAACUACCAUGACACACACACUCCUAGAAUGUGUACGUCCGUGUGGAGAGAUUAGACGCAAAGAACAAACACACACUACUACAGUACAUUAUUUGUGUACCACCCAAACUCACGUGCAGUGAACCAUGGAGCAAUAGAGUGAACCUAUCAAACGUUGACACAGAAAAAGAACAGAGCAAAGUCUAUAGACCUGGUUAAGAUUAACAUUUUCCUGUCAAAGUGGGAGUAUCGGAUAGCAGGUAAGACAUAGAAAAGAACCAUGUCAUCGGAAGAACUGAAUAAUUGUGUCGGCGAAGAGAUAUUUCUCCUUCAAGAUGACUUCAUUUUGCACCCAGGAAAAUGCACUGCAGUUACGGUGAAACUUUACCCGGACCGUCUCGAGUACGAGAAAACCAAGGCGAUCAACGGCAGCAAUGGCCGGGUGCAGCAGCUCAACGGUACCGUACGCAUGGCCGAUGUUGUCGGGUGUGAAUGUGGCAGAAGCCGUGGGACAUAUCCAGCUCAAAACUCUAGACUUUCACUUACAAAUUUGACCACAAAGAAGCCUAAAAAUGACACUACGGCAUUUGUGUGUCUGCAUUCGUAUGCCUACAACAAGCCAGUGGCAAGCGGUGGGUUCAGAUCCAAACGAGACAUUGUUUUUCGUGUGAAUAAAUAUGACACCUACGAACAAAACUUGGAAAUUGUUCAGAAAUGGAGAUUGGCUGUACUACUUAUUCUGCGGGGAGUGGAUGUGUUGUGUGAAGAAGAUAUAGCAACAAGUCGUCUACCUCCCCCUAGGAAGCUUCUGGUGUUGAUCAACCCAGCCAGUGGUCGUCGCAAGGGCAAGCAGAUCUUUCUGAAGCAGGUUAUGCCUCUGUUCCGAGAUGCGGAGUUGGAUUAUAAAAUGGUGGUCACAGAUAAGCAGUUCCAAGCAAUGGAGAUUGCUGCAACCUUGGACCCAAAUGAGUGGCAGGGAAUUGUUGUGGUAGCUGGGGAUGGUCUCGUCUAUGAGGUUCUUAACGGCAUGAUGAAGCAUCAAGAUCCACAGUCUGUGCUCAAGGUGCCUAUCGGUAUUAUACCAGCGGGAUCGGGGAACGCCCUCUUUGCUGCCGUCAUAUCCAAAUUAGGAGAACAGCCAAACAAGUGCACGGCCCUCCACGCUGCCUUUCUGAUCUGUAAAGGUGGUGUACAGCCCAUCGAUGUCGUCACUAUCGUCACCCCAAUCCGCCGUAUCUAUUCCUUUCUUGCUAUCACUUGGGGAAUCAUAGCUGAUAUUGAUAUCGAGAGUGAGCGCUUUCGUUGGAUGGGGAAGCCUCGCUUCACGGUAGGUGUCGUUAUACGCAUCUUAAAUAUGCGACGAUACCGUGGAAGCAUCUCCUUCCUGCCUGUCGAGAACCCGGAAGCUUAUGAACAUCUUACAGAACCGAAAUCCAGUAAAGACGCUAAGAGUAAGAGCAACCAGCAGUCUUUGUCUCGUCCACAUAGCACGGUAGAUACAUCCUUGGCAGGCGUUGAUAACCCCAGACCAAACAUGCACCGAGGUUGCGUAUCCUUACAUGACAAUCUCUCAGAUGCUGGAAGAAACUCUGGCUUAAACUUCUCCGAGGAGUUUAUCAGAGACGAGUCGGACAGCGACAUUAUAAUCCAAGACGAAGUAUCGCCUCCACAGACCAAUGGUAGUCUGUUCAACCACCAUGUUGCUAAUUCAAGUAACCAAGCAAACCCCAUACCAUCUGUACUACCACCUAGAGUUUCUGACCCUCUCCCGUCUGGCUGGGUCACAGUCGAAGGAGAUUUCGUCGGCAUCCUCAUCACGUACCUCUCUCAUAUUGGCGAGGAUGUCAACGUAUGGCCAGAUAGAAAGUUCGACGAGGGCGUCAUCAGCAUUCAGUAUAUAAAUUUCCCGACCUCACGACGGAACAUGGUUGAGUUCGUUGACGCUAUACAAACUGGGAAACACCUAGCAGCACCAUACCUUAAGUCAAAGUUUGUGAAGGCGUUCCGUAUGGAACCCCAAACCGAGCCUGGUAUUAUCACUGUUGAUGGUGAGCAGAUGGAGUAUGGGCCAGUCCAAGGGGAAGUUCUACCAUACAAGGCUAAUAUCAUACUACCUACUCACAUCAUGGACUCUGCAUAACGGACUUUCUAAUAUUAUGCAGUAUCUGCAUUUUGAUAUUAAUGCCUAUUUGUUUGGCAGAGUUCCUCCCGUCAAUUUCACCCAACUCUUCCUAACUUAGGAUUAAUCUUGGGACUUAGGACAAGUCCCAGCCUUGCACUGUAACACGUAAACCUAAAGAUUAUUCCCAAGUUUGAUAGGACUAGUUACUCGUCCUAACUCAAGAUAGGAUAAAUCCUAGCGUUUCUUGAAGUCGCCUGCAGCUGAGUUAAAAACAUCCUCUACCAAAGUUGAUGAAACGUUGUCAAAGUGACUGGAUUAUUAACAUGGUCAGGUUGGCUCAGUAAGUCCAAUUUCAUGGCAUAAACUGAAGCAGAAAUAAUUGUGCAAAAUGGACGUGAAAGCGUUAUUCAGGGGGCCAGGAAUCUUUGCUUGUGAGCAUGUGGAUGUUCGUGUAACCAAGCAUUCUUAGCUUACACAGCUAGCUUAUUAUGGUGCCAGUUUCUGCACUAGCUGUGUAUCAGUGUAGAAUGCCGAGUAGGGUGGAGUGUGCGCACAAGCUCACUUGUGAAAUACGCUUGACGUAAGCUCAGAAUACCCUGCUUUUGUAAGCGCUGAUUCCUUGCUUACGGUAAGCAGAGCAAUGGAAUGGACCCCUGCUCAGAUCCAGCUGGGCCCAGUUACAUAAAAUGAAAUAAUGCUUACCAGAAUAAUGUUACCAGCCAAAAUACCAUUCCUAUGUACAAUUUAUGGCUGGU